AUGUGGAACAAGGUGGUGUUUGGUAAUAUUGAUACUCAAUUACAGAAGGCUGAGGAGGAGCUUCAUGAAUGGGAUUUGAAGGUAGAGUCUAGAUCUCUAGAGGAAGUGGAACUGAUGAGAAGAAGAGAAGUAAGGAGCCAGGUGUGGCAGCUGGGUAGAAGCAAGAAGAGGCUAUGGCACCAAAAGUCUAGGCAGAUGUGGGCUCAGUCUGGUGAUAAAAACACUAGGUUCUUUCACAUUAUGGCUAGCAGAAGGCAGAGGAAGAAUUUUCUUGACUCUGUUGUAGUGGAGGGUAGGAGAGUGGAGGAUCCGGUUCAGGUCAAGCAGGAAGUGGUUAGGCAUUUUAGUCAACUAUUCUCUGAGGAUUGGAAGCUAAGGCCAAAACUUCUUGGCCCUUUUGCUAUUAUUAGCCCUGCGGAUGUUGGUAGUUUGGAAGCUGCUUUCACAGAAGAUGAGGUUUGGGAAGCUGUGCAGGCUUGCGAUGGGAACAAAGCCCCAGGCCCAGAUGGUUUUAAUCUUAAUUUCAUUAAAAGUUGCUGGUCAAUCUUGUAA